AUGGGUAAUAAAAUCCCUCCAACUCCCAGAGAUUCCUUAUCUUCACGCCCACAAAGGCCAGAUGAAGAAGAAACGGAACUCAUCAACCGCAAUUCCUUCAAAUUAGCUAACAAGACAGAGAUUGAUAUAAGCAUAAAUUCAAAAAUCUAUAAGACUUUUGAUGACAGUAAUAUUGAUUUAGCCGAGAAGAAUUGAUACAUAUUAAAAAGCAUACAUGUGGACAAUGAUGAAAAUCGAAAAUUGGCGAAAUUUGAAGCAAAUAUUCUAUUUAAUCUCAAUCACAAUAAUAUUGUUAAGUCCCAUAGAUUUUUUGAAAGCAGCAACUAUAUUUGCAUUGUAAUGGAGAACUGCAGUAAAGGUAAUCUAAGGAAAAAACUACAAGGGGAUACGCCACUAAGCGAAGAUUAA